GGCUAUUGGAGAUUGUAAGCCGGUCAGCCUGUCAUCUGCAUGUCAUCGUAACCUAGCAGAAAUAUGGUGAAUCAUCGCUAGAUGAGUGAAUACGCACGAAGCGAAGCGGACCAUUCAUCCAUACGUGACUCUACUCGACUCUGUACUAGUUUGACAUUACUCGAUAGUGGUGACGCAAACGCAUGAAAGUAUGAUGCAGGCAACAAUAAUCAUGUGUACCAUUAUAUUGGUGAUGGCAGAAGCAGCGGCCUCUAAAACCAGCAGUGUGAAAUGUUAUACGACGGGUGCUGAUCAGGUUCUCAAUGUGACUUGCUCUGCCACGCAGCAUAUACUUAUACACUCUAGUGAAACACAAAGUGCUACGGAUUGCGCAACGGACAAGCCUGGAACCAAAUGGAACAGUGGUCAAAACCAUUUGAUAUUUUCUAGUUGUAACAUGCGUAAAGAAAAAUGUCAAACGGGAUCAAUAUCCUCGACGAUGUUUAUGAGAAUAAACUACACAUGUGUUGAUGACCUGUCGUCAUUACAGCGGUAUAACAUUUGCGCAGAUGUCACAAGUGGCUAUUUGGCUACGCCAAUAUAUAUGUCAAGUCCGGGGUAUCCUGCUGAACACAACUUAACGAAAGAGAACUGUUCUUGCCAUUUAUCUGUUCAUCCAAACGUUACCAAACCCUCAAAAUUUUCGAUCAUUGAGCAUGAUAUUUUGGUACGUUUUUCAUAUGAAAUGAUCUUCAAUAUGUACAAUGAUGUGUACGCUCCUAUUCACCCUCGGGGAGAUUUCAAGUCGGUUUCAUCGCAAUUUAAUGCAACUGGUGGAGCUUUUGUGAAAUACGGCGUCAUAAAUUUCAAUAAUUUGGGGGUUCCAACUACAAAGGCCAUUUAUGCAACAUUCCACCCACUGAACUCGGGAAGCGGAUACUUCUGGAUGAGCCUUGAAAGCGAAGGUGAUGAACUGUGGACGAUCAGAUGCAACAACGCUGCCCGCCCAACCCGUCCUCCAACAACACCAUCGCAGCCGACAACAACACCAACAGUAAAGAUGGCUAAUCCAGAGCCCGAAAAUCGUUGGUAUGCAGACCCGGUCGUGUAUUGGCCUAUCGUAGUCGCUGUCAUUGUGGUCGCGGCCAUCAUAAUUGCAACCGUCGUGGUCGUCAUGAAGCGAAGGAAGCAGACUCCUGAUGGCAACGCACAUAUGCGAAUGAAAGGUCAAUCAGACGGCCACACAAAUCCAGCUGCAUAGAUAAGAGAGGUUUUAACAUGCAUCGUCGUAAAGUACGUCCAUUCGAAAUUGAUCAACAGCCUUGACAAAAGAGCUGAAAACCAGUGGAUCGAGUUAUUAAAUCUUAUGUUCACCUUGAUAGUGAGUUUCGCUAUCCCGUCGAGAACCAUUUUUGGCAUUGUCAUCAAGCCCUCUCGGCUUGUCAAUCAACAUUGCAUUGUUUCCAGCCAGUUUGUUAUGUAAAACUUUGCCUUUUACACAGAGCCUUCCGAGUUUGUUGAUCGUGAGCACAUGCCCAGCCGUCAAAGACGUCAGACGAUAAAAGGGUCAUUUUCCGUGCAUUUGUUCUCGGAACGGGACACCGAAAACUCAUAUUAUUUUUGUGUAAUGUAGGCAAAAUGUUUGGAAUUUAUAUGCGCUAAAGGCUGUAGAAAAACCUAGUUUUUCCACCCAAUACAUAAGUUUCUCCAUAAUUUGGACUUACAACAUUUGGAAGGGACACUGAAGAUUGGAAGUAAGAAUAUUCGACAGUGUUAACUUUACGGAUCGGGUAUUUUGAAAUAAUCAGGGAACUAUUAUAUGUUUCAGGGACCAGUUUUAACCUGGCAUGGCGCGUACUCAUAAUGGCAGCGUGCUUUUGUGCAACGGUAUACAUUAGAACCUCCCUUAGUGGACACCUCCCUAUUAAGGAUACUAGUUUUGGUCCCAAAUUUGUUUUUUCCAUUCAUUUUGACCCCUCUAAUUAGGACGCCCCUCUAUUAAGGACAUCAUUUGUCAGUCCUGAGGGUGUCCUUUAUAGAGAGGUUCUACUGAACAUGGUUUAUAUCAUGAAUUACCUCGAGAAAAGAAAAUCAUGUCUUUAGGAGAAUAUUUGGUGAUUUGCCCGCGCGCGCUGUGAGUUUGCACUCCCAGUCGUUGAGCUGUUCGCUACCUUGGUCAGCUUGUUCAAGACAAGUUGCCAUUGACUCUAACCUGGCGUUAAGUCGAAUCAACUAAAGUGAAGGAGAUAAUGCCACGUUAGGUGAACACCAGCGUUAGUUUGGAACAAUCAGGCCCUGGUUCCGCAAUUAUAUGUGCAUAUUUUGACAUAUUUUCUUCAAUCAAACGUUAGAGGCAGACACGAUGCAUGGCCAUCCAGAUUUUCAACCUUAUGCUUUAGCAAUGGUAGUAUUUGUACUACAUGUGCUUUUUAUUUGGCUAGACUAGAAAAUUCAUGUAUUUGUCUUUUUUAUGCUAAAUUGUUCAGAAAGGUACAGGUUUGAGAGAGUUGAUAGCUAUGAGAGAAUCUGAACAGAAUGUACUGUUAAAGGAGAAAAUAAGUAAGAUAUUAGAGUUUGUAUGCACGAACUAACUUGGCGAAAAUAUUUUACCGUCACCGGCAGAAAACAUUUUAUAAUUAGGUUGCACAACGUUUUGCACAAGGUUAGUUUAGAGAAGCUGUUCAUCUUCACACUGCACAACACAUGUAUCGCAUGAACAUCUAUACUUUUUGUACGAAAUAAGCAUAUAUAUUUAAUGA